AUGGCCAGCAAGUACCAGAACUUUUUCGCCGCCCUCGACUCGGAUGAAGAGGACGCGCCGCGCGUGAGCAAGAAGGCGACGCCGCCGUCGUCGGUCCCUGUGGCGCUGAACAAGCCUGCUGCGGGCAACAAGAAGGCUGGCAACAAGAAGCCCUUUGACUCGGACAAGAAGGAGGGCCGCGGACCCCGUGAGGGUGGCCAGGCGCCUCGUGAGCGUCGUGAAGGCGGGGAACGUCGUGAAGGCGGGGAACGUCGUGAAGGCGGUCGAGCUCCUCGGGAGCGCGGUGACCGUGGCCGUGGCAGCCGAGGCCCUCGCCGCGACUUUGAGCGUCGCAGCGGCACUGGUCGCGGCAAAGAUGCGAUCAAGCAGGGCGGUGGUGCGCACAACUGGGGCAACAAGGCCGACCCGAACGAGCAGCUGGCGGAGGCUGCUGCCCAGGAGGGUGCCAAGCCCCCCACGUCGGACGAGGAAGUUGCUGCUGGAGAGGAGGCUGCGCCCGAAGAGGAAGAAGAAGAGGAGGAGGUCCAGCUCACCUAUGACGAAUACCUCGCCAAGCAAAAGGAGUCCCGCUCGGGCGAGCUCUUUGCUGAGGUCGAGGUUCGCCAGGUCACGAACGAGUUCUCGAGCGCGGUGCUGAUCACCAAGGACGGCAAGACGCCGGAUUUUAUGGACUCGCAGUACGAGAAGGUGUACAGCAAGAAAACCUCUGGCCGCAAGAAACAGCUCAUUACGGACGUGGGCUUCCGCACGGAGAAGCCGGAGCGCUUUUCGCGUGACUUUGACUCGUCGCGCGGCGGACGCGGUGGUCGCGGCGGUCGAGGUGGUCGUGGCAGUGGCCGUGCGGGUGGGCGUAGCAAUGGCCGUGGUGGCAACGUUCCGAACGUGACGGACAUGAGCGCGUUUCCCAGCCUUGGCUAG